AUGGCGUCUGCAGAAAUGAGAGAAGAGCUGUACUGCUCCGUCUGCCUGGAAGUUUUUACAGAUCCGGUAACUCUGAGAUGUGGGCACAACUUUUGCCGGGUCUGUAUAGAUUGCGUGCUGGAUACACAGAAGUCGGGUGCUUAUUCUUGCCCGGAUUGCAGGGAAGAGUUCCAGGAUCGUUCCACUCUGUACAGAAACAUAACCCUCCGUAACAUCGCCGAGCGUUUCUUGUCUGCUCAGCCGGCUGAAGAGGAUUCUGCCAUGUUCUGCACUUACUGCACCGACUCUCAGGUACCUGCUAUUAAAUCUUGUCUGCACUGUGAUGCUAGGCUGUGCAAUAAACACCUUAAAAUCCACAGCAAGUCACCAGAACAUGCUCUGUCAGAGCCUUCCGAUUGCCUGAAGGCCAAAAAAUGCUCAAUUCACACAGAGAUCUUGAAAUAUUAUUGUAGCGAUGACUCUGUCUGCAUCUGUGCUUCCUGCCUUACUGGUCAACACAGAGGGCACCAGGCCGAACCGAUGGACGAAGCUUCGGAGAAAAAGAAAACAACACUGAGGGGUAUCCUGGAGAAUCUGACCUCAAAAGAAGCAGAAAUGGAGAAUAGACUCCAGAGCCUGCAGAAACACAAGGCGGAUGUCCAAGAAAAAGCUGCUGGUGAAAAGAAGAGAGUGCUUGCCUUAUUCGGAGACAUUGCAAGACACCUGGGAGAUCUGGAAACGAGAGUCCUGAGUGAGAUCUCUGGACAGGAAGAGAAGAUGUUGAUGAUGGUCUCUGGUCAGAUGCAGCAGAUGGAAACAAAGAAGGACGAGCUGCGUAGAAAUGUGCGUUAUAUUGAAGAGCUGUGCAACAAGACUGAUCCGGUAACAAUCUUACAAGAGCAACUCACUGACUAUAGUGACACUGAGGAGGGAGAUAUGGGGGAUGGAGAGAGAAAUGAUCAACAGGUCCAUGAUUCAGGUGACCUGGACGAGGAUAGGACUUCAGAGAUGAUGCUUGUAGGUCUAUCUGACAUCAUGACUGUUGUAAAAGGAAGGCUGCGCUCUCAAGAAGCCUCGGGCCUACUCCUGGACGCGGCCACAGCUGCCAAUAACAUCAAAAUGUCCGAUGACUUGAAAGGUAUCAUCGCAACCAAGGAAGAGGAGGAUCGCCCAGAGACGCCGCUGAGAUUUCAGAAGUGCCAAGUUGUCAGCAGGCAAAGUUUUAGCUCUGGAAGACAUUAUUGGGAAGUUCUGACGAGUGAAUCGGGGGGUUGGAGGUUUGGAAUGACAUAUCCAAGCGUUCAGAGGGAAGGCGCCAAAUCAGCCAUAGGAGAGAAUGACAAGUCCUGGUGUAUGCGCAAGUUUCAUAGUAAUCACGCUGUAAGACACCAUGGCACAGACCAACUCUUAGCUCAUAACGUCUUGGGCAACAAGUUCCGAGUCUCACUGGAUUACGAGGCCGGGAAGUUGUCCUUUUAUGAGCUAGGUGAUUCUCUCACACAUUUAUACACCUUCACCACCACCUUCACUGAGCCCCUCCAUGCUGCACUGUAUGUAAUGGGAGGCAAGGCCUGGGUCCGCAUGACAAGCUGA